AUGGGCGGGAUUACUUUUGUAUUUGCUGGAGAUUUCCGACAGACUCUCCCCGCUAUUAACAGAGACACGCGAGCAGACAUCAUCAAAGCAUGCUUGAAAUCGACUCCCUUAUUGACUUCGAUUGAAACAUUAAAAUUAAGGACGAAUAUGAGAGCUCAUCUUCAUGGAAGUGACAGUGAUUUCCCACAACAACUGCUAAAACUUGGGGAAGGAAUUUUCCCUUCUACAAAUUUUAGCGGAUAUAGUGACAUUAUUUUGGAUGAGUCCCUAGGCCAAAUACUCCAUAAUUUGGAAAAUUUAAUAGAUGCAGUAUACCCUGAUAUCGAGAAUUUGCACAAAAAGGACUUUCAUUGGUUGUGCUCUAGGGCAAUAGUGUCACCAAAGAAUGAUACUGUCAACGAAAUAAACAAUCUUAUCAUUUAA